UAUUUCUUUUGUUUUUUUUUUUCCAGCUGUUUUAAGAAACGAUUUUCAACUACUGCAUCCUCCCUCUCCAGAAAACUGGUCGUAUAAUUUCAGGCUCUGGGCUGCAUUUUCCAUUUGAAGGGAUGAAGUACAUGAAGCCCGCGAACUUGUUUCAAGAACUGACAAAGACAAACUCACGGAACAGAAGCCGGUUACUUGGUUUAGAUGUCGGUGAUAAAUAUGUGGGUUUAGCUGUUUCUGAUGUAAAUAACAAAAUCGCAUCACCUCUCAGUGUUCUGCUACGGAAGAAAAGUAACAUUGACUUGAUGGCCAGUGAUUUUGAACUUCUGAUCUCUCAACUUUCCCUGACAGGCUUUGUAAUUGGCUAUCCUUUUGAUAGACAACAGAGGAACAGCGCAGAUGCUGUGCAAGUGAAGCUUUUCAUUGAUGAUCUUUGUAAAACAGGGAAACUUGAAGGUGUAAGGUAUACUUUCUGGGAUGAGUGUUUUACUUCAAAGAAUGUGGAAUUUCUGUUGAAGCCACUGAAUUUGCACCCUGUUCAUUAUAAGACAAUAAUGGACAAAUUUGCUGCUGUUGGAAUCCUACAGGGAUACUUGGAUUUCGUGAAUAGAAGUCACACUUCAGAAUCGACCAAGUAGGAUUUUCUUAAGAGUAGCACUGAUUCUUUCGGUGGGAACGCAUCAUCACGCAUCUUUUGCAGUAGGCCUUCUGCAACUUGGUCAAGUGUAUGUAGCGUAGUACUGAAGAACGGGGCUAUCAUGUUAUUACAGUCUGAAUGCUGAGUUUAUGAGAAAUAUCUAGUGCUUCCAAUUUGCCGGUGGAGAUGGAAGAUGCCUCCAUAUUCGAUCUUUUUGCAUGGCUUCCUAGCGGAGGAUACAUGAAAUAUGGUCAUUAUUGCUGGUCUAAUCCAGAACUAUAAUGGACUGCGCUCAAAUUAGGACCAGAAUUGUAAUGGAGUGCUCAAAUUGGGACCCUUUUAACUUGGCAAAAUAGUGAAAUUCUUGAUGUAGAAAAACUUUCAAGCUUCAACAAAUUUA